GAGCAAGAUAUCUUGUAUACAGGCUCAGACAUACAUCGCAACAAGCACAAUAUUAGAGAACGCAAAACACAAUGACGACAGCAAUGGCUCCCCCGAUCCUGGAUUUCUCCCCAUUUUACGGAAGUGACAGCGAAGCCAAGGCUAGAUUGAUAGAUGAUACCCGCAAGUGCUGCCUGUACAAUGGUUUCUUCCAGAUUAAGGGCCAUCGCGUGCCGUUGGAUCUGCAGAGAGCCGUCAUGAAAUGUGCUAAGCGCUUCUUCGAUCUACCUUUGGAAGAGAAGAUGCAAAUUGACAAAAAUCUCAACACGUUCAACCGCGGGUACGAGCUUCUCCGAUCGCAAAUGCUCGAAGUGGGCACCGGUCCCGAGCUCAAAGAAGGCCUCUAUAUUGGCGAGGAGAUUUCCGAGGAUCACCCGUACUUUAAACAGAAAAAGCUGAAUAGUGGCCCUAAUCAGUGGCCCCAGACUAUCCCCGACAAGGAGAAGUUCCAGAAGACAACAAUGGAAUAUUAUCAUGCGGUAUUCGAACUUGCGAAAGACGUGCUGAGUCUCAUUGCCUUAACUCUGGGUGUUGACUCGUCAUUCUUCGAGCCUCUCACCGAGGGGGCUGUUGCCACCAUGCGUUACCUGCACUAUCCCGCGCAGCCGAAGGACGAAGACGAGAAGCUCAACCGUGGUAUUGGAGCCCAUACGGAUUUUGGAUGUGUCACUCUUCUCCUACAAGAUGAAGUGGGUGGCUUACAGGUCUUGGACAUGCCCACUGAGCAAUGGCUCGAUGUUACGCCCGUCGAGGGAGCCUAUGUAGUGAAUUUGGGAGAUCUGUUUAUGCGCAUGGCCAAUGAUAAAUACAAGUCUAAUAUCCACCGCGUUAUCAACAAGUCCGGCCGUGAGAGAUAUUCUAUUCCUUUCUUCUUUAGUGGAAACCCGGACUAUCUUUGCGAAUGCCUGCCAAAUUGUCGCGAGGCUGGCGAGCCAGCAAAAUACUCUCCCAUUACUGUCCAGGAUAUGGUGACUGGAGCAUACAAGAAAAGUUAUGGUCGGGCAGAGGAGUACAAAAAGAAGAUGGAGAUAAAGAAAUUAGAUUCUACGCCAGCUCUAGCGACUAUUGAAGUGUAG